AUGCCUGGACUUACGAAGCUUGAAAAGUUUCACCCUCCUGCCUUCUUGGAAGAUCUGGAGGGCGACCAGCUGGACAGAUGGUCCAAGACUGUCAAUGGGUGGUUCAGCGACGAAAUCGCUGGUAGACUGGCAGGGCGGAAGAUUCUUACUCAGUUCUUCAACCCCACCCAAUUUGCCUAUGACCCGUCCCUCCCCGCUGUGCCCAUCACAUGGGUUGGGUUUCCACUCAAUGUUAGAAUCAAACAGCCCACAGAUGACGCUCGAUGGGCAUAUGCGGAGGAUCCUGAGAACCAGCGUGCUCCUCCAGGCCGUGAUGUCCCUCCUUUGAUCCGCAAGUUUCAUCAAAAGAACCCACAGACGGGAGAAGAUGAGACUGUCGUUAUUACCCAGCAACGAGAAGAUCGUUGGGUGAUGGACGAGUAUCUUGAAUGGUCUACCAAGAAGGUCGAUGGAGAUGUUCAGAUAGUGAGCUUUACUUGUGAGGGACCAGAGUACUGGGAAGAAUUAGCCAAGUACAACCCCAUUCUAACUGAAACCCCGAUCAAGAAUCCAGCACCCCAAGAGUUUGAGAGGAACAACAAGAUCCUCGACAUUUACAAGAAGCUGAAUCCUGAUUUUGCGCAUCAAAUCAAAGGUGAUGACCUCGUCAAGGAAGAUGGAACUUAUGACAUCUAUAACAAGUGGAAUGGCCAUACCAACACCGGUACCAUUGCUCACCUCAUCCAAAUCAACAACAGUCUCAGUGCUGAGAUUGACAUCGCUGCUCAAGCUACUGUCACUCGAACCGACUUGGUUUAUGGUGAACCUAUCACGAAUAUGAUUACCCUCUGCGGUGAUGGAUCUUCCUACGGUAAUCCGGGAAGAAACUCUGAUCCCACGAUUGGCGCAGCAGUCAACGAAGUCUGUCGUCUUGCACGGGAUAAAGUGCUACCUAUUCCAGCUACAAUCUCAGUCAAAGACCCCGUUGCUCUGUACAUGUAUGAUGCAGAUUUCUCGUCUUUCCUGCUAGAUCGCACCGGCAAGCGACGUGGCAACACCCGGGAAAUGAGUCCCGUUCCCGAUGGUGUUUUUGACUGGAGCGAUCGUGGCGAUAUCACCAAGAACAUGGGCCUUCAUCUGCGCGUCUCUAUCCCAAAAGGCAUGAAGACAGAUGAUGGCAGCCGAGACCUCAACGUCAGCGAUCUUUUUGACCAAAACAACGGCGGUCGCUACGUUCAUUAUGGAAGUCAGUUUGCCGAUUACAUCUUCAUGAGUGUUUCUGGUAUUGUUGGGCCCAAGCCUAGCAAAGCUCCGAAAGAGUGGCCUGGAAAACCUCAGCCCGCCAUCACCUACACUGAGCCGUACUUGCAGAAGCCCUUUGUUGAGCCCAAGGUUCUGGGACCUCCCCAAGAUAUUGAUAUCACUACGAAGUCGGCCAACACCUUUGCGACUGGAGAGGUCAACGCCGUUGUAACGGUACCGGAACUCAAGAUGAUGGAACUGAGGGUUGCGGCGAAGGAGGGACCUCCCGACUACAUGGGCAUGCCGGAGCCUAGUCCUCCUAAUGGGCCGGAUUUCCAGCCUAUCAAGCCGAAGACUACUAACUGA